UAUAGCAGAAUAUAGUGCACUAAGGUGCUACUCCCACAGAAGGCAGCAAUGCAACUUUUUGGAUGCUGGCUGCCUUAAAACCCCAAAGAAGAAGAAGAAGAAUACUUCGCGGGGAGGGGGCCUUUUAUUUUGAAACUACCUCAUGCCUCAUAGCUUUUCACUUAGCGCUGUUCGCAGUUCAGCCUGGUGUUGUUGCACACUUUCAACAUGAGAGAGAAAUUAACGGGCAUCUGGGCUUGCAGCGAUCCUCAGCUGUGCUGGUUACUGCAAUGAAUGGUAACACUAUCCAUCAGACACUGCCGACGACGACCGCUGUGCACACCUGUGGCUGGAGGGAGUUCUGCGAGUUGCAUGCCAGCGCCACGGCCCGGGAGCUCGCCAAGCACUACUGGCGCUUUGCCAGCGAGUGCCCGGAGCAGGAUGUGGUCCCGCCGGACAGCUUCUCGCGGCAGUUCAGCGACGCCUUCCAGCAGCACUUCCGCCUCGAGGUCGCCAAGCAGAGCCCCACGCCGCCGCAAAGUCCCGAGCCGCCGGCCCUCCCUCCUCUGCCGCCAUCGCCCCGCCUGUCGGCCAUGACCGGCCGCCUCCGCAUCACCUCCUUCUCGGGCGCGCUGGACUACCGGGAGGCGGGGCGCCCCGGGGGCAUGGGCGGCGUCGGGCCGGGGGGCGGCGGCCUGGUGGCGGUGCUGAGCCCCAAGCCGGAGCCAGAGUGGCUGGGCGUGGCGCUGCAGCUGGAGCAGCCGCUGACGCGGUCCUGCACGCCGGCCGACACUACGGGCAGCACGGCGGCGCGCACCCCGCGCAGGCACAGCCUCGGCCAGGAGUCGGCGGAGCGCCGGGCCGCCUCCGAACGGUACGCCCCGCCUCCUCGCCACGCCCCCGCCUCGGACGUCAUGCACUUUUCCAGUCAGCUCCGCCAGAGCGUGCGGCGGAUCUUUAAAAAGCGGCCCCAGCCGGCCCCGGACGAACCCGCCGCUGCCCCCUCCUCCUCCGAGGACUCGGGGGACACUUCGAACAGACCGGUGGGCAUCUCUCCGAUGUCCGCCGAUUGCCCCCUGACACCUCCGGCCGCGCACAACCUCAUGCCACAAGUGGCCCCCUCGGUGGCGACCACGCACACCUCGACCUCGACGGCGUUCCUGUGGGGGCUGGCCAGCAAGCUGCGGGGGCCCAGUGUGCGGAAGCGGGCUGAGGUCAGGAGCACGUGCAAAGAGGGGCAGCUGAGGUACCUGCUGGUGAACGACACUAUCUCAGACUCGCAGCCGCGCUGGCAGCGCUGCCGCCUACUGGUGAGGAGGACCAACGAGCGCCCCGCUCCAGAGAUAUACCAGCUGGAACUCUACGACCCUCCCAAGGGCUCGAGUCCCAAGCUGACAGCCCGUUGCUCAGACAUCCUGGAGGUUCGGCGCUGCAAUCGUCUGGAGAUGCCUGACAAUAUCAACACGUUUGUUUUAAAGGUUAAUCACUAUCCAGGCAGUCUCAUAUUCGAGACAGAAAAUGACCAGCAGGUCAGCUCCUGGACUACAGAACUGAAAGAAUGUAUCAACAACAGGUCCGACAGUGUGGAUUUGCAGCUGCUAUCUCCCUCUCUGGGAGACUCCAGUACAGGAAUCAGAAGAGAGAGCUCCGAGUCGACCAGCCAGGGCUCACCAUCCUUCUCGCCACCAGAGCGGGUGUACCAUAAGACGCAUCACUUCCUGUCAUCGUACCCCUGGUUCCACGGGCCCAUCUCGCGGGUGAAGGCGGCCCACCUGGUGCAGAGCUCGGGGCUGGAAGGCCACGGCGUCUUCCUGGUGCGCCAGAGUGAGACGCGGCGCGGGGACUACGUCCUCACCUUCAACUACCAGAGCAAGGCCAAGCACCUGCGCCUGUCGCUGACGGAGUGGGGUCAGUGUCGCGUGCAGCAUCUGCGCUUCCCCUCCGUCAUGGACAUGCUCAGUCACUUCCGCCUCUACCCCAUCCCCCUGGAGUGUGGAGCCGCCUGCGACGUCACGCUGUCCAGCUACGUAGUGGCCAGUGCCACCUCAGCAGGUCAGAACUCCCCGGCCGUGCUGGUGCCCUUCUCCCUGCACCGCUGGAGCUCAGAGCCCAGCCUGGCGCUCUGCACGCCGCCCAGCCGCUCCUGCCUCUCCCCCUCGGCCAACUCCCUCUCCCCCACGUCCGGCCUGGCUCCGUCGGGGACGUCCCCGCACCACCAGCACCAGCAGCACCAGCACCCCUCGCUCCCUCAGCGGCCCCCGGCCCUCCCCGACCGGCCAGCCCCGCCACCCCUCCGGCGGAGCGAGUCGGUGGGCCGGCGGCCGAUGCUCCAGCGCCACCCCAACCCCCUGCCCCCCCUGCUGCCCCAGCGGGACUCGGACUACGAACUGGAGCCCCCGAGCAGGAGCCACAAGCGGGCCAUCGACAACCAGUACAUGUUCCUUUGAGGGCGAAACCGUGGAAAGGCAUUCACAGCACGUCGAGUUCGUUCUCACCCCCCACCCACCACAUACAUCAAAGCCACACCAUCUACACCCUAGCACGAGUAGAGUGGAGUUGAAAGAGAGAAGGUGGGGGUGUUGCGGUGGUGGCAAAAAGGCCAAGGCACAUUGCCCCUUGGCCCCGUAACAGGAUGUCUCUGGUGAGGCAUCAACACACAGUACCACAGACAAAGGGGGAUGCAAGGGACCCCUCGACGGUCAGUUCCCCUCCCAACUAACGGGGAGCUACUGAGUGUGGAGCGGGCGCCAUGAGACUUGAGCAGCGCACCACACUGUUGUGGCGUAGGCUCUGUUGACACACAAAAGUAGAUGCACACCAUUGGUGUGUGUGUGUGUGUGUGUGUGUGUGUGUGUGUGUGUGUGUGUUUUUGAGUGCAUACACAUGUGUUUGUGUGCGAUGUGUAUGCAGUGUUUGAGUGAGCGAUUCCCAGACUUGACUCAGGAUUCCACCUGCGUCUCAUAUUGACAUUUGCGUGUCCUCCAUGAAUGUAUUUUUUUUUUUUUUUUUUUUUUUUUCUAUUGCAGUCGAUCUUUGCCAAUGCUAUAAUUUCACUGCAAGACAGCAAGGGAUGUGCUUGCAUUCUGAGGACGUGGAAAUAGAGUGAGGCCUCGAGGCCUGACACAGAUGAGAGUCCCACAGUCUUCAAUAAUCCAACUCCUCCGACACACACACACACACACACACACACACACACACACAUACAGUGCACAGUGCAAAAAAAAAAAAAUAGAGGCAUACUCUUUUUGAAGUUCAUUCAAGCAAUAACAGAAUAUGUCAUUAGCAUGGGUCAGUUCAGGGAUUAUUAUAUCUGCAAAUGAUUAUUGCAAGAUGGCACAGCUAAUAGCAAUAAGCAUUAAUAUCCAAACAAGCAGGAACAGUAUGGGCCUGUAGCACCACCUAGAGGUGCGCUCAUGCUUCCCAAUUUCAGGCUCUCCAGGGUAAUCAAAACCUGUCAGCUUUGAACAAUUAUACACCAUUAUACCCAUUAAAAUUGAUGUAUAUUUGAAAUAUUUAGAUGGUUUACGUGUUAGAGUAUUGAACAAAUGCCGUCACAUCCAGACUCCAUAGUUCAUGUAAGCUACUGUUUUGGUUUAUUGUUGAUUUUAAACAUUCUUCUUUCGUAUAACCUAACCAAAAUGUUGCUUCAGUGUUCAAGCACUAGUUGUCUUCCAUUCUCAUAUUAACAGUAAAUGUCUGUCUGUCUGUCUGUCGCUUAACACUAACAUAGCUGAGAAAUGUACAAAAAAAUCCAUACACAUCACGGCCAACAAAUAUUGUGCCAAUGUCAAAGUUUUGUUAAAAUGUUUCUGUUUUAAAUAUCAGAACGUUUCGAAGAAAUAGUUCACACAGACGAGCGCAGUUAAUGCCUUAACAAGAUUGACUCUUAUUAUUGGUUGGGCCCAUCCAGUAGGAAGAAAGCCAACGUGCCUCGUCACUUUUCACUUCCCUCCGUCUGGUAUUAUGACCCAUGGGUUUUUUUUCAUGCACAGUGAUCUUCUGCCAUAGUUGGCUCCAAAUCUGAUUAAGCUGUUGUAGAUCAAAUACCUUAUGCAGAAUGCUUUUUAUUGACUCUUAAAUCUGCCAUAAUAAACUACGCACACACCCGCACAGCCAAAAGCAUGUAAGUGGCAUUCCUCCCCAUCUCUUGCUGUUAAGAGAGCUUGUGUCUUGUGCACACACACAAAAGAAAUGCAACGGUAGUCUUUGUGACCCCUGCCACUCCUACAAGCUUAAAUAUAAAAUUGUUCUUGCUAAUUUUUUAUUUUAAGCAUUUUGUGGUGAAUUAUCCUGGAACUUUUGCACCAUUGCCACACCAGCAGCACUGCACUGCCGUGUACAAGUACAGCCAAAAUAGAGGAGUACUUGAGACACCUCUGUUCAGACCGCGUGCGCCUUUUGCCCCUGUCUUUGGACUAGCACGUUGUGUGACUCACUUGCAAAGCCCCAGUCUAUUUUUUUGCAUUAACAUGUGUUUGCAGCUGUUACAGAAAUAGAAAUGCAAACUGUACCGGUGUAUUACUACCUCGUUCAUAAAGUUUCCAGAUUGCUCAGCACCAUGGACCCACACUCUGAAGUGGGAAACGGGUGAAUCAGCAUUUAUCACAUUCAUAUAUAUAUUUUUUUUUAUUCUUUUUUUUUUUUGACACAAAGGGUCCGUUGCAAUGUUGGAACGCUGCACUUAAGAACCCACUCUUCUUACAUCCAGAUGUGUUGGCAGCAUUAGCAUCCCAGCACACGCUGCAAUAGACCCAGAAUGUCUCUUCUAUCAAAAACAAAACACUUAUUUUUUUAUCCUAAAAAAAGCCCAUUGGUCAUGGUGUUUUUAUGAAGAGAAUUUGUACAGAGAAUAAUGACCCAUCACCUCCACAGUGUCUUAUUAUUGACAUUAAUGUCCAGGAACAGAUUCACUUCAGUAUUCAUUACUGAUGCUUCUUUGGAGCGGUCUUGUCAUCUUGUCAAAGAAGUGUCCCUUGGUGGAGUUCUACUCUCGCUCUCUAAGUCUGAAAGCCAGUCUCCCUGAAAGGUCAAACACAAUGAAUGUAUACCUUCUCUAUACUGUUGAUUCUAGAAGACCACUGUAAAAUCCUCUUGUCCUGCUCACCCUCCCACAGAGCACCCAAAGGGUCAUGGUGGAAAAUUUGUAUAUAAGGGUGGAAUUUAUUUUUUGAGCAACUUUUGAGUUGUCUUUUGCAUUCCCUCGCAAUAGAUUUGCAUUCCCUGCUUGGCAUUCCCUUGCAAUACCUUUGCGUUCCUUAGCAAUAGUUUUGCAUUCCCUUGCUAUACUUUUGUCUUUGUGAGGGAACACAAAACGUAUUGCGAGAGAACGCAAAACUAUUGUGAGGGAACUCAAUAGGAGCUCAAAAAAACCGUAUUCCCUCCAUAGUGAGAAUAAAUUCCCACCAUGUCCCUUUAGGGCCCCUGUACCCUCUUAGCUUAUUUAACCAGAAAACAUCUUCCUGUUAAACCUAUUAGUUAUAUUCAAUCUUACUUUUCAUGUAGUUCUAUGCAUUUAAAUUAUACCAACUGUAUAUUUGUGCUUCAUUUUUUAUGAUUUUUAAAAAAAUAAAUGUUAUUGCUAAAACUGAAA